AUGUCUCGAAAUCCCAGUGAUUUCUCAGAUCUAAUGAGCUCCUUUAAGUCAGAGGAUCAGCCCUCCUUCAUUUAGAACUAGCAUAGAAAGUUUACCAUUGGCGAGCUGCUAGAUAAGAGGAGUUCGAAGUUUAAAGAGUUUGAGAAAUUAAUAGACCCCAUGAGAAUACAGCUUGAAGAAGACUUUAAGAAGGCUAGCAGCCGGAUAAAUGACCUCAAAGUUAAUGAUAAAAUAUGGGUGAGGUUUGAUGAAAACGAUGAGAUAUUCUAAUUAUGUGAGCCAAUUGAUUCUAGAUUUAUUGACACAGUUAGUGAAGAAUGCAAUGCCUGUCUGAAGCCUAGCAGUAAGCUUAAGAAUUGUGAUUUCUGUGGAUCAUUGAAUUGCCCAAAUUGCAUAUUUAAGACCAGACCGUUCCCCAUUAAUAAUCCAUAGAGGAAUAAGAGAGGCUAAAUAUGCAUUGUUUGCAACAAGAAGUUUCUCUACAGAGAUGCAAUGCAUGAAUUUGCCAUAAAACUAGACAUGAAAGAAGGAGUGACUUAAACUUAGCAAGAGGAGCUCUUUCAAGAAGAGGAGAAAUAUGAUAAACUCAUGAAAGACCUGUCAGACCUCUAAGAGUUGAAGCAGACCAAGAAAACAGAGUACAAGCUAGCCUAGUAGGACUGCAUCUAUGAAGAAGAAAGAAUAAACAUCGAAAUAGAUAAAAUCAGAAAAGAAAAAGAUUAUUACUUCUCCAAGGCAUAGCAGUAUUAAGACGAUUAUGAAGGCAAGAAGCAAAAACUAGAGAAGUUGCAUGAGGAUAUCAAGAAAUAUGAGAAGGUAUUAGUUGAGAAAGUAAAAAAGCAAGAUGAAAUAGAAAACGAAGUAUUCUCUAAGAACAGAAGAGAACUCUCGCCUUAGACAAGUCUAAGAAGCAAAUCUAGAAAUGGAGAUGAUAGAAGCAACUUUGGAGAUCAAAGUAUAAGGAUGAAUAUCAAUGGAUCUUUGAUGGGUGAUUAGAAAAGUGAGAAUGCAAUUAAUGAAGACAAUAAGAGCAAUAAUGAGGGGAAUAAUAACAAUAAUCAAAAUAAUAUGAUUUGGGAAUUUGAGGAAGUGCCAGCUAGUAAGACUCGGGAGACUAGUCCUGUUGGAAGGUAAAGCUAAAAGUUCUGGAAUAUGCUUACAAAGAAAAAGAAGAAGAAUACUUAGAGAUAGUUAUCAACCUAGUAUCAAAUGCAAACCGAUGUGAACUAUGAUUUGAUCACAAGAACUGAUAGUAUGAAAAGAAUGACUAUUUAAGCACUUGAAACAGAUAAAGUUGAUGCUAAUGAGUCUCCAGAUAAAAAGAAGGAAAAGUAGCUCAAUAGAAUCCAAAGGAAGAUGUAGAACAGACGAAGUAGGAAAAUGGAUUAGCAGGUAAACUCCUGCUAGAGUUGUGAACAAACCUGCAUCAUAUUUUGA